CUGAAUCAUUCCAGCUCCCCCAGGACACCUGCUGCUGUUGAUGUGCUCUGAAGAAGGAGUCAACGCACUGGGGCACUGCCGCCCCCUCCUUCCACGCCAGGAACUCAGUUCUCACCAUGAAGCUGCUGUUUCUUCUUUUUCUCCUUCUUAUAUGUCUUUCUCAGAGAGUACUAGGGAACAAAAGAAAUGUGAGAUUCCAACAAUGUGAGAGAAUGGGCGGCCAUUGCAAGAAUCAGAAAACGCACGGAUGCUCCAUCCUGCCUGCUGAAUGCAAAAGUCGGUACAAACACUGCUGCAGGGUGUAACGGCAGCUCACUGACAUGCGCAGUUCAGCCUAAGAGGCGGCACCUGCUCUGAUUUCCGUAUAAUAAAGGCAUCAUGAAGCAUAUGUACUCUUCCCAAGAUGUAAAUUUUACGGGAAACGCCAGUAAGCUUGAAAAGGGAGAAUGUGGUGGUGUUGGGGUCCAGUGUUUCCAGGUUCUUGGCCUCUUAUUCAAGAAAUUAAAGGCUCUCACAGGUUGGUAAAAGCAGCAAGGAAACCUGACUUGAGGGCUAAAAACUCGGGGCUAAAAACGAGGGAGCUUGAUAUUGAAAUUCCCGCUCCCUGCUGCCUUUCUCAUCUCAGAGAAGGCAAGGAGUUCAA